AUGUUUUCAUCUACCAAUAAUGAUAUAACACAACAUUCAGUUAAUGGAAAUUAUUUAUUACCAUCAACAUUACCAGAACUAACUGACGAAGAAGAUUCAUCGAAACCACCUCGUCGAAUGAGUAUUCUUCAAUCAGACAAAGCUUUACGUGACCAUGAUAGUAAACAAAUCUAUACUCAACGUGUCGAAGCAAUUUCUCAUUGUUAUGAAGAAAUUUUGAAUAGUCUUGGGGAAGAUAUUCAUCGACAAGGUAAAGAUUUUCAAUGA